AUAUCAGGCUCUUCUCUCAUAGCCAAUAUGACAGUCCUCUCCGCCGAUAUCGUCGCUGCAUCAGCACGCUUACACAACUCCACCACCCUACCCAAUGAUGAGUAUGAUCGCCGGAUUCGCGAGUUAGUUGAAUACUUCAGGCGGCUUUUAUCCACUAAGGCCCUUGUCUCCUUGGCUGCUGAUGACUCUCUCAUCAAUCAUUUCGACCCAGCGGUAGAAUCUAUCCCUUACCUUUUCGUGCUUCAAGUGCAAAUCCAAAGAGCACAGGAUGUCAGUGGUGAUGCAUUCCCAGUGGAUCUCCUUCCUAUGGGAAAGCUUUGGGCACGCGCUGCACACUUCUUGGGAUGCUUCGACAGGGUCCAAGUCAGAUAUUCUGGGCGGGAAUGGCGCCAGCUUGUUGAGCUUGUAGGAAAGGCUUCUCAAGCGGCAUCAAUGCCACUUCUAGGCGCUACUCUGGUUAGAGAUGCUAUGCUUCGUCUUGACCCGUCAUGUGCUGUUUUUACAUCGGUCCACCUUAUGCUUCUCCAGCUCUGUCUACAGGCUAAAUCAUAUGCUUGUGCGUUACCUAUUCUGGAUAAGAAGAUUUGUCAUUUUCCCACUUCGCUGGAACGUUCUCCCUCAGAACCCUCUGUACUUUGUGCAGAUCAUGAGUCAAGUGUGUCCUUCAUGACCGAUACUUCCGGGUUCUCGUCCAUGCUAUCAUAUCGGGACUACUUGCGAUACUUCCUUUAUCAUGGCAUGGUGAACAUGGCACUGAAGCAGUGGCGCAGUGCAUUUCAUUCCCUCGGUAUCGUCAUAUCUGCGCCUAGUGCCAGCUCUGUGAGCUUGGUCAUGGUGGAAGCCUACAAAAAAUGGGUGCUUGUGGGCUUACUUGAGAAAGGCAAGUUCUGUUCGCCACCUAGCAUCACGGCCCCUCAUGUAGCAAAGGUGUAUCAAGCCCUUGCGAGGCCUUACAUCAGCUUUGCUCAUGCAUUUGAGCGUGGUGAUUUGAAGAGACUGGAGGCUGAGUUCAAUGCUGCUCAUGGGGUCUGGUGCACAGACCGUAAUUUAGGUCUUGUCUCCCAGGUAAUGGACGCUUUCUUCAGCCAAACUGUGAUCAAGCUCGGGAAGACCUUCGCCGCCCUGACUGUGGCCGACCUUGUAAAGCAGGUGUUUUCUUCCCAUGUGAGUGAGGAAGCCGCCGAGUCUGCUAUUUCUUCUCUCAUAAUGUCCCGCGCGUUGGAUGCUACACUGGUGCAGACCUCGGAUCGUGCGGAGCCCUCUAUGCUUCGCUUUUCGGGCACUCGCUUAUUACCUCAACUCCCUCAUGAAUUAGACCUACGGUCUCAACUAAAGCAAGAAAGAAGGUCGAUGGAAACCCUGAUGGGCAGUCUUGGGGAAACCAAUAACAAUCUAGGGUUGAGCGAUGAAUACAUCGAUAGCCUACAAAAGGGUCAGGGCUGGUCAGGUUCCGGCGAUGCUAACCCUGAUGCUGGGGAGGAAGCUAGUCAUGACAUAGAUGAGGAUCUCAUGGGUGAUGUGUCCUAG